UCCCCCUCACCUUUCUCUCAUGCUUCCAUCUCCAGCAGCUCCAUGCCCAAGAGGAGAACGGUCUGCUCGCUGGAAUGGCUGUGCCUGGAGACUGUGGCUAAAAAUAUCCACCGCAUCUGGGCCAAAGCUUGUGCGGAAAACGACCUGGAUGGGCACCAUGUUGGCUCUGUUGCAGGGCCCUACAUCUGGCUGCGUAAGAGGGGCACGGCAACGGACUCCCUUGCCCAGAAGCUGUUCAAGUUAGUGGAGGAAGGCAAUUGCUUGAACCGCCCAAUCCUGCGCUUCCUCCUGGUGCCGCCGCUGACGGUGCUGAGCUUGCGAAAGUGCCCAAAGCUGGUCAUCAGGUCCGUUGCCAACAUCAUCGCAGUGCGUUGCAAGAACCUGUCUAGCCUGAAUAUCGAAGGCUGCUGCCGGAUCCCUGCAGCCACCCUCGUCAACCUGGUGAAAGCUUUGCCGAGCCUCUCCAGACUCAACCUGUCGGAAACCCGGUGCAAUGCCCGGGUGCUUGCAGCCGUGGGCUCCCACUGCAAGCAGCUUCUCGAGCUGAAUGUCGGUGAUUGCAGGAGGCUGUCUUCAGUGUGCCUCCUCCACUUGGCCUACGACCCUGCCACGGGCUCCCUCCGCUCCCAGGCCCUGCAGGUGCUCAGAGCCAGAUAUCUGAUGGGUAAACCUCUCCUCGAUUGCAUGAUUCGGCCCUUGGUCUUUCUGCUGUUGGCCUUGCGCAGCCUGACGGUCUUGGACCACGCUUUCAUUCUGGACGCCGUGUGCGCGAUCUACAGGCGGGAGUUUGACAGCGCCCCGGUUGCCCCCAAGUUCCCCUCCCUGGAGCAGCUGGCGAGACGCAGGAUGUCCGCCCAUAGCGGCCGCGGGCUCACGCUGACCCUCACGGAAUUGGACAAGGUGGCAUCGAGCUGCUUGCCCAUUGCUUUCGCCGUGUGCCCGCACUUGGCAGACGUGACUCUGAGUCUUGGGGGCAACCCUGGGUUUGGCCAGGACUUUGCAUCCUGGCGCCACAUCUCCUGCCUGAGUCUCCAAUGCAACGACGGCAGCUCGUGGGAUGUCGGGAAUCUUCUGCCAAUGGCAGCCGCCCUUGGGGCGCAGCUCCACUGCCUUUCAUUGGAUACCUUUUUCUGCGAUGAUGCCUCUUCCUUCUGGACCUUGCUGGGCCACUGCCCAAACCUCACGUCAUUCUGGGUUGCCCUCCUUCCUCCAGAAGAUUGUGCCUCUGACGAGGAGGAAACAGUUGAACCCUUGGAAGGAAAUUUCAGCCCCACGCCUCAUCAGUUCCCCCACCUCCAGUACUUUUCCCUGAUGUACUUUGACGCAGACGACACCCUUCCUCCCCAGGACAAAGCUGUGUUUACAGCAUGCCUUGUGUCCCUGCUCAGACAUUCGCCACAACUAGAAAGCUUGUUCCUGUACUGCCUGCCUUUCUCCCUGGACAGGAUGUUUGAGCAGGUGCUGGAGCCGCCGGGCAGAGCCCUGACACACCUCCAGAAGCUCUCCUUGAUACAAGCCAAGGUGUCCGGAAGCACCAUCCACCUGCUGUUAUCCUCGGAAAACCAGCUGAGCUCCCUCCGUUUGCCGGGUUGCUCAUGCAUCUCCAGGGCAGACUAUGACGACUUUCUCAGGAGAGUCAGGAGUGAGGGUUUGGAGUUGGAUAUUUCCUGGGAGUGAAAAGCCUCCUGUUGCUGCUGUUGCCGAAGAUGGCUGCUCCUCUUGUGUUGGGGCCAAGACAAAGUCUCUCUUAAUAAAGUUUGUUUCAUCUAACAGUUUUUUUCGCCUCUCAGCGAUCUUGAAACCCAGAGUGCAGAAAGAGUGGGGUGGUCAAGUGUCUUUAUGUGUGAGUUGGGGGCAGAGAGAGGCAUUUUACGCUGGGCUUGUAGUAGCAGCUCCUCCCUGAGAC